CCUUAACCCUAUUCCAAUACGUCGAGUUUAUUGAACAUAUCUUUUCUUCUUAAAAUUUGUUAUAAAAAAUAAAAUAUUUUUGAAAUGGCUUCAAGAUGUGAAGUUUUCUUGGAGAUCUUGCUUGCAAUCUUGAUUCCACCUCUUGGAGUUUUCUUUAGACAUGGUUGCUGCAGUUGUGAGCUCUUGAUUUGCUUGAUUUUGACCCUACUAGGUUAUAUUCCUGGGAUUAUUUAUGCUAUCUAUGCAAUUAUCAUCCGUGAUUAA